AUGGCGUCGCAUAUAAGCCCUGCCGACGUGUCUCCAGCGCCGAUUCAGACAUUUCACAAGCCCAAAGUGCACGUCCCCGGUACUCAUCUCCUCAGCGGAGUCUCUGGUGCCGCCCACGUCUCCUCAUCUACGCCCGCAGCGCCAGAGCAGAAUCCACGUCCAGACUCUCCAACAGCUCACCGUCGUAGUCUGAGCAUGUCCAAUCCACAUAUCCGCCGUCAGUCGCAAGACUCUGGUCUCAUUCUCGAGGGCAAGCGCAAGCAGGUUCUCGAGGAUGUAAUCGAGCUCUUCUGUUCACGGCCGACACUCGAAAUCUUCCAGCGCUCAUGGCGAGAGGAUGCUGUAUUCGAGGACCCACUCUCGAAGUGCGAAGGCUACCCGCAAUACGCAGCACAAUGGUUUGGCAUGCCCAAAGCAUUCCCUCAAUCCGUAAAUAAACUUCACCGUGUACUCAGCUCGACGCACAAUCCAAACCGCAUCGUCUACUAUCAAGAACAAGAGUACACCAUCCGAGGUCUCGGCACAAAGAAGCUGAUGAAAAGCACCGUCGUGAUCGAGCUGGACGACGAUGAUAAGAUUGUCAAACUCGACGACAAAUGGAACAGCAAAGAGCAUCCAACAAACUUUGUCGCCAUGUUCUUCCGACGUCUUAACGCACGUACAAUGCCAUGGCUCGUCUCCGUCCCAAAACUCGAAAAGACGGAGUAA